AUGGGCAAGGGCUUGAUCAAUUACUUAUCAAGCUUGACAGUUCACGUUCAAACCCGCCAGAUCUUGCGCCGAGUAACCACCGGCAAAGCACCUCACGAAACAGGCUCGCCCAGCAUGGAUGACGAGGAGAGCCCCCUCUUGGGCCAUAGGAUCGCUAAUGGCGGCUCCGAAGCCAACUUUUGGAAACACCUUCUUCUUGAUCGCACCAGCAGCCCUGGAACCAAGAGUCCCAACGCUCUGGUCCGGCUGCCGGCGCAUUUCUUCAAUGUCUUCAAGAUCACAUUGCUCAGCUCUUGGAUAAACGUUCUCCUUAUUUUUGUUCCCUUUGGGCUCAUCGCCGGCACGUACGAGUGGAACCCAACAUUGGUCUUCACCCUCAACUUCUUCGCCAUCAUCCCCCUCGCCGCCAUCCUCUCCUUUGCGACGGAGGAGAUUGCUGCUCGGCUUGGCGAGACUCUCGGUGGCUUGGUCAACGCCACGUUGGGCAAUGCCGUCGAACUUAUUGUCAGUAUCGUGGCCUUGAGGGCCAACCAGGUGGAAAUCGUCCAGGCCUCCAUGCUGGGCUCAAUCCUCUCGAACCUCUUGCUUGUCCUGGGCAUGUGCUUCUUCCUCGGGGGCCUCACCAACAUGCGCGACGCCGACGGAAACGCGAUUGAGCAGAGCUUCUCUGCGGGCACGGCCCAGACGACAUGCUCUCUCAUGACGCUUGCAUCGGCAACCAUGAUUCUGCCGGCCGCUCUGUACGGCGUCCUGGACAGCGGCUCGGACAAGGAGGAGGUGGCCCUGCUUCUUUCUCGCUGCUCGUCGGUCGUUUUGCUCUUUCUCUACGUCAUGUACCUGAUCUUCUCUCUCCGUUCACAUAAGCGCCUGUUCGAGUCCGAGGCUGGACCCAACGCUGGAGAGGAGGAGGAGCACGACCCGCUCCUUGGCCCCUGGUCGGCUGGUAUCGUGCUGUUGCUCACCACCCUGGUCAUCAGCUUUUGCGCCGACCACAUGGUCAACAGCAUCGACGCCGUGGCCGAAAGCGGUGCCCUCAACAAGACCUUUAUCGGCUUGAUUCUCAUCCCGAUUGUCGGCAACGCGGCGGAGCAUGUUACUGCCUGUGUGGUGGCUGUGAAGAACAAGAUGGAUCUGGCCAUGGGUGUUGCGAUUGGGUCUAGCAUCCAGAUUUCGCUGCUGGUGACUCCGUCGUUGGUUCUGCUGGGCUGGGCGAUAGGUGUGCCCAUGACACUCAGAUUCGAGACAUUCCAGACGGUGGCUUUUGCUGUGUCGGUGCUCGUGGUGACAUACACGGUGCAGGACGGCAAGUCAAACUACCUGGAGGGAGCCAUGUUGCUGGGGCUUUACAUGAUUAUUGCCUUGGCUUUCUGGGCGAGUGGGUAA